AAGCUUGAAUCAAAGCUGCCAACACAAAGAUACUAAAAUUCAGAAAUAACUUGUCGCAAAUCCACCAUUUUCCCUUUGUAACUUACCGGUGUUCAAAACACGUACGCGUGUUAAAAUAACAAAAUGAACACGGAAAAGCUGAAGAAACUGCAGUCACAAGUGCGCAUUGGGGGCAAAGGCACACCAAGGCGUAAGAAGAAGGUUGUGCACGCGACUGCGGCUACAGAUGACAAGAAAUUACAGUCUUCCCUCAAAAAGCUAUCAGUGAACACUAUUCCUGGUAUCGAGGAGGUUAAUAUGAUAAAGGAUGACGGUACAGUGAUACAUUUUAAUAACCCCAAGGCCCAGGCUUCGCUUGCCGCAAACACUUUUGCGAUCACCGGUCAUGGGGAGAACAAGCAAAUCGCGGAAAUGCUCCCUGGCAUUUUAAGCCAGCUCGGGCCCGAAGGCUUGAACCAGCUAAAGAGACUCGCGUCGAGCGUCGCCGCGCCAAAACCACAUGAAGAGGACGACGAAGUACCUAACCUUGUCGGAAACUUCGACGAGGCUUCCAAACAGGAGGCCAAGGAAGUCAUAGCCGAAGACAAGGAAAAGAAAGAUGAGAAAAAAGAAACAGAAACCAAAGCUGCAGACAAGAAAACCGACUAAACAACCCAUCCACUUAAUUUGAUCGGUCUAGUUUUUAAUUUUGCUCAUCCGAUGAAGUGAUUUUAAUGCUAGGGUUUCUAAAGGCUCACGAGGUGUGUCUCAAACUUGUUUUUUUAGUUUGAACUGUUUUGUGUUCCUGAAUAAAUGUAUUUCGAAUUUAUUGUUUCGCAUUUAUUGUAGAAAUCGUAAUUAUGUAAAUGUGUAUUGUGGUAUACAAUGGAACAUCACUUUUUCUUUUUUAUUUUACUCGGGCCUUUGGAAAUCCUUUAUACAGCCAUCUCUACUUUGAAUCGAUAAUGCUUGUCUCCUUUUCCAUGCACUAAUACUUACUGUAAUGUAACAUAAAAGGGAAAUGUGUCGAUUUUCUCAUAAAUAGGCCUUAGCUAAGUGUUGUAAUUAACCUAUUGUUGAGAUAUUGGCUAUAUAGACACAUAAAUAUACAAAAUCUAUUGCAUAUUAUACAUUAUUUUUGUCAGCGCACCAGAAAAUAGCGAUAUAAUAAUAUGUAUAGUAAAUAAAGGUGUAGAUCACCUUAUAAUAUUUUUUAAUAAUGGUAUUUUCUAAAGUUGUUGGUUCAUGACGUCUGGUUGAAAGAAUUGCUUUCUCAUUUUAAAAAUAAAGUUAAAUAGGUUUAAAAAAUGAAAGUUUAGUCACAGAUUAGCUCUUUAGGAUAACAGAGCUAACAUUGUAUAAUAAAACCAUAAAAAUUGCAAAAUGUAAAAGAUUGGAGUUUUGAGAAUAAAAACUUUGGUCCAGGAA